AUGAUGACCGUCGACAUCGCGCCCGAAACGGCGGAACGCCAUGGUCUCCGACUCCCAAACCCCCCUCCUUUGCUGCACACUCGUUCGGGCAAUGAACCCUUUGAUCGCCCCUCCACGCCUGGCGAAAAUGGCUUCACCAGUCCCGUUCAGACUCCCCAUGGAAGUCCCAGUAAAAAUCGCAUGCCUCCGGGUUCUCUCGAUCUGCCCAACGUUUUCGACAAAGCUAUGAAGCUUGCCCCUUCUUCUCCGACCAAGAAUACCUACAACCACUACAACCACCCCAUGUUUGCACCGCCCAAGAGAAGCGUUGAGGAUUUCAGCGAGAGUGUUAUUCACCAGCCUGGGGCAAGCCCUACGCGCAGGUCGAAUAAAGAGAAUGCUAGUCCUACUCGUGUGGCGAAAGAUCUUGGGCCUAACCCCGCCGCUGCUGCGAUCUCUCGCAACCAGACCUACCAGCCCCGAGAUGCGGACACCCUGCAGAGAAGGCAGGUCCAUAUGCGCGGGUUGACAGCGGAGGAAAUGGAAAAGCUGCAAAAUCCUAGAGUCAAGCGACUAGUGAAUGUGACUCAACUUUAUUUCCUGGACCACUACUUUGAUUUGCUCAGCUACGUUCACAACCGCCAGACCCGCCAUUCCCAGUUCAAAGCUGCAUACCCCGAACCUCCUGAGACCCCAAUGGAUGACUAUGAGCCGGCUCUCGUCAAGUACCUUGGUCGGGAGCGUGCCCACCUUCGCAAGCGCCGUACUCGCUUACGCCACCACGACUUCCAGUUGUUGACCCAGGUUGGACAGGGUGGCUACGGACAGGUGUACUUGGCACAAAAGAAAGAUACGCGGGAGGUCUGCGCGUUGAAGAUCAUGAGCAAAAAGUUGCUGUUCAAGUUGGACGAAAUUCGGCAUAUUUUGACGGAGCGAGAUAUCUUGACUGCGGCCAAGAGUGAGUGGCUGGUGAAGCUGCUCUAUGCGUUCCAGGAUGACGACCAGAUUUACCUGGCUAUGGAGUACGUGCCCGGUGGUGAUUUCCGCACGCUGCUCAACAACACUGGGGUCUUACAUAACCGUCAUGCUCGCUUCUAUAUUGCUGAGAUGUUCUCAUGUAUCGAUGCUCUCCACAUGUUGGGCUACAUUCAUCGGGAUCUGAAACCGGAAAACUUCUUGAUUGAUUCCACAGGACACGUGAAGCUCACGGACUUUGGGUUGGCAGCGGGUAUGCUGAACCCUGGCAAGAUCGAGUCGAUGCGAGUCAAGUUGGAAGAAGUGGGCAACACGCCAGUUCCUUUUGGUCGUCCGAUGGAGCAGAGAACUGUGGCAGAGCGUCGUCAGGGCUACCGAUCGCUGCGUGAGCGUCAGGUCAACUACGCCAAGUCGAUUGUCGGAUCGCCGGACUACAUGGCUCCCGAGGUGUUGAAGGGUGAGGAGUAUGACUUUACUGUGGACUACUGGAGUUUGGGAUGCAUGCUGUUCGAGGCUUUGGCCGGAUACCCACCUUUUGCGGGCGCAACGGUGGAUGAAACCUGGCAAAAUCUGAAGCGUUGGCAGAAGGUGCUCCGCAAGCCGGUCUAUGAAGAUCCGAACUACUUCCUCUCACGACGGACAUGGGAUCUGAUUACCAAGCUGGUGGCGUCCAAGGAGCAGCGUUUCAAGAACAUCCACGAGAUUCACGCCCACGACUACUUUAGCGAGGUCGACUUUACCGACUUGCGAGGACAGCGUGCACCAUUUGUGCCCGAGCUAGAUUCGGAGACGGAUGCUGGGUACUUUGACGACUUUGGCAACGAGGCGGAUAUGGCCAAGUACAAGGAGGUCCACGACAAACAGCGAGCGUUGGAGGAGAUGGCGGAACGAGACGACAAGAUGAACAAGGGAUUGUUUGUUGGAUUUACAUUCCGUCACCGCAAACCCGCCGUUGAAGGAACAGGACGCAGUUCACCCCGGAAGCCGAUUGCGACGGAUGGAACAUUUGGAACGAUGUUCUAA